CCGCCGCCGCGGCGCCGCUCCUGGCCGGCGCGGCCCUGGCGGCGGCGCUUGGGGCGAGGGUUUGCGGUGCUGCCCUGGCUGGCAGCAGGCGCCGUGCCGUGCUGGGCCGCCUGGGCCCCCGGCCGCCUUGCCGCGUGGCCUGCGCAUCACGCGGGCCUGCUCCCGACGAGCACCGCAGAUGGCAUGGCCGCAGGUGGCGCGAGGAUGCGCGACACGAGCGGGGCCGCGACGGCGAGCCGUGGGGCGCAGCUCCGCAGCAGCGCCAGCGAGGCUGGGGUGUGGAGCGGCACGGCUGGCGGCCGCAGCGCGACGGCGAGCCGCGCGAGGCACGGCAGCAGCAGCGCGAGCGAGGCUGGGACGCGGAGCGGCAUGGCUGGCGGCCGCAGCGCGACGGCGAGCCGCGGGACGCGCCGCCGAGGCAGCGCGAGCGAGGCUGGGACGCGGGGCGGCCGGACGGGCUGCCGCAGCGCGGCGGCCAGCCACGCGAGGCAUGGCAGCAGCAGCGCCCGCGAGGCUGGGACGCGGGGCGGCCAGACGGGCGGCCGCAGCGCGGCGGCGGCUGGGGCGGCAGGCCGUGGGGCCAGCAGCGGGGAGGGCCUGCCGCGGUGCCGCUAGACUUCGAGGUGAGCGCCCAGGAGAUGGGCUCCGUGUCGCAGGGUCUCACGCUGCAGGGGGCUCAGCAGGUUCUGGCGAUCCUGAAAGGAGUGAAGCUCAUCGAAAACCGCAGCUGGAAAAUACCACUUGGGUGGUAUGCUAUCCAUGCGGGCUCCAAGCUGAUCAAUGAGGAGCGAGGGGCGCGCACCAGGGAGGCCUGGCCGGAGGUCCCGCCGGAGGAGUCCCUGCCCCACGGCGCGAUCCUUGGCCUCUUCUGCGUGCACAGGCACUUGGCGCCGCAGAAGUGUCGGCCUGGCUACAUCUGGGCCCGCGGGCCGGUGUGCCACCUUAUAUCCAAGGCGAUCGAGCUGCCCCGGCCCAUCUUCUGCUCUGGCGGCGGCGGGCUGUGGUCGCUGCCGCCGUGGGCGCUCGCGGAGAUUGGCAAGCAGCUCCCAGAGGCGUCGGUCACCCACUUCGACCUGUCGCCCGCCUUGCCCGUUGUUUUGAGGAACUGAGGCGCGUCGCUGCGUGGCGCCUGUCAGGAGAAGGAGGAGGAGAAAGACGUCCCAAGCAGAGCGACACGCACCACGACCAGGACGACGCCGCCGGGGACGGCGGCCGAGGCGGGACGCCCCUUAGGCCCGCGGCCGAGGCGCGGAGCGGCUCUCGGAGAUGGCGGAAGGACGGAGGAGGGCCAGGCGCGCACCAGCGCCCGUAAUGGCCGCCCGGAGAUUGGUCUGGCUUGGUCCGUGCCUGCGAGGUGAGAGAGAGAG